GGCCAGCCCUCAGUCGACACAUGCACUGUGGCCAAAGUCUCUUACUGAUCGGGAGAUACGGCAAUCUGUGUGGGAUUAAAACGUGCAGCAGAACAGGUUGUCACAGACGCAGUGAGGCACUAAGUGAGCCCUGACCCAAGCACAUAAAACACUAAGACAGAAAGAAAGAACUUCCUUUAUGGAGUCCGACGGUGCCGGCAGCGUGCAGUACGACCGCUGGAAUGAGGACAACAUCAACAUGAACGUGGAGCCUUCACAGUCUGCUGUGAGGAGAAUCUACAACAGAGUGUGUGUGGGCAGUACCGGAGUGGUUUUGAAGUCAGGAGCUGCUAUAGCUGCAUUGGUGUCUGUUUACAUCAUUGGGUAUGUGACUGGAUACUAUGUCCAUCGGUGCUGAUGGCCAAACCAGUCAUGACAAAAACAGAAAUGGACAUCUGGACAUUCCAUGGAAACACUUAAUUAUGUUUGCACAAAUGCUUGUGAUAACUGCUCAAUAUGACUGUGUUCAAGAAAUGACAAAUGUUUUUAUUUUGAGACAAAUUCCUCUUUUAUUUUUAACGCUGCAUGAUUAGUCUGGAAUUAUCUUUGAAUAUUCUCUGAAGUGAAUUAUCUCGUACCAAAAAUUGUUUGGCAUGUAAAAGAAAACUGUGCCUAUGUAACCCAGCACCUUAAUUACAGUGAUGCCUGACUUUCAAACUCCACACGACUGAGUGGAUUUAAUGUCUAUCAAUGCAUGAAAUUCAUUCUCAAUUGUCUGUGCUUUAAAUGAAGUGCAAACAUGCCAUUGUACGAACAUCUAAUCAAAAAU